AUGACAACUUCCUUACGUAUUGUGUUUAGGGAAUUUUUACCUCAAUUUCAACAACGUCCUGGCGCUGCUCCACCACCACCUCCACCACCUCCACCUCCAGUUAAUGAUGGUGAACCGCAACAACAACAACGGCCUCGACCUGUUAACAAUAUCAAGUUUCCAAACUUCAGUGGUGAAGAUCCGGAUGGAUGGAUUUUCAAUGCCGACCAGUAUUUUAGCGUUUAUAACAAUUCUGAUGCCAUCAAAAUUAUUGUUGCUUGUGCACGUCUCAAAGCCAUUAGCACGAUUGACCAAAAAGGAUCGGUUCGUCAACAUAUCCCUGAAUUUGAAAAAUUGCUGAAUUUCGUUGAUUUUCCUGAGGAUUACUUGAUAAGUUGUUUCAUUCGUUCUCUGAAACCGCAUAUUGGGUCUGUGGUUAAACUGCUUGCACCACAAACAUUGGAUGAUGCCUACACUAAGGCAAUUCAUCAAGAAGAAGCUUAUGCAGCAACUAAGUUUCUUCCCAUACAACCAUAUCGCCCCCCACCAGUCAAGAAUGCAACUACUACUACUCCUAAUCAGUUCAAAAAGCAUAUUCCUCCUGGAGUUAGACGAUUAACACAAGAAGAACAAAGAGUAAGAAGGGACCAAGGUCUCUGUUUCAACUGCGACGAAUUCUACAGGCCAGAUCAUGUUUGUGUGAACCCCAGAUUAACUAUCCUGGAUACUGCUGAGGAGAAUUAUGAAGUUUCUACAACACCAUCUGAAGUUGUACCUAUUACUUCUCCUGAAUAUAAGCUUCUCGCUUUUGAGGUUGUGGACUCUACUGACGCCGAGCCAAAAAUUUCCCUAAAUUCAUUUAUGGGAUCUACUUUUCCACGAACUAUGCGAAUUACUGGUAACACUAAAACUCAGUCUAUUACAGUAUUGCUUGAUUCAGGCUCCGCUCAUAAUUUCUUACAUCCAUCAGUGGCUAAGAAAUGUGGUUAUGUGAUUCACUCUAACCAAUCGCCACUAAGUGUCACAGUUGGUGAUGGAGGACAACUGGCCACUAAAGGUUAUUGUGUAGUUGUUUUUAUACGACUUCAACAAUAUGAAUUUACUACUGAUUUCCAUUUGCUUGAUAUUAGUGGAUGUGACGCAGUAUUGGGAGUUCAAUGGUUAAGGACGUUAGGACCAAUUAAAUGGGAUUUUGCAAAGUUAACCAUGCAGUUUCACAGUAAUGAUACAGUUGUUUCAUUAUUAGGGAACAACAAAUCAUCAGUGCAGCAAUUACUUUCUCAAUUUGAUGAUAUAUUUAAAUUACCAACUGCUCUUCCUCUAGAACGUGUUCAUGAUCACCAUAUUCCAUUAUUACCAGAUUCUUCUCCUGUUAAUGUGAGACCAUAUAUGUAUCCUCAUUUUCAGAAAGACGAGAUAGAGAAGAUAAUAACUGAACUUGAACAAGCUGGUUUUAUUCUCCCAAGUACGAGUCCUUAUUCUUCUCCCAUCCUUAUGGUUAAAAAUAAAGAUGGUUCUUGGCAUAUGUGUGUGGAUUACAGGGCCUUAAAUAAACUGACUAUUAAAGAUCGUUUUUCAAUUCCAACGGUCGAUGAAUUACUCGAUGAAUUAUUCGGUGCAGCUGUGUUUACUAAACUGGAUUUACGUUCUGGGUAUUAUCAGAUCAUACUUUUUCAACAAGAUAUUCCAAAAACUGCUUUCAAAACACAUGAUGGUCAUUUUGAAUUCUUGGUUAUGCCUUAUGGAUUAUCGAAUGCACCGACGACUUUUCAAAGCUUAAUGAAUCAUAUAUUCAGGCCGCACUGA